GGGAGGUAAACGAUGGUAAAAGGUUUAGCUCUGGUAGCCAUGUUUGUACUCCGCAGCCAUUUUGGUGCUCUCAUGCCCCUUUACACAGCGUUCAUAUUGCUACUCUCAUUUUUUAGACCUGCUUAUAACUCUCUGGAAGCCAUCUUGUUACACUUCCUAUUAGGGAGUGUUAUUCAGUCGGUCAUUCCAUUCAGAGACUUCAUGUUUCUUACGGCCAGUGUUUGAUCUCAUUUGUCAGGAGUCUGGGAGAGGCUGAAGUGUGGGAAAGCGCUGCUGCCGGACUGAAGUAAGAGAUCAAACCACGUUUAUGGUCCAGGCUCCAAGGCCAAUGGCCCACUAGACUUUUUUUCCACCUGCGUUGCUACACAGGCAGAGAAAAGGCCAAUAUGCUUCAUGAUCUCAGUGCACAACGACGUCCCAUCAGCCCGCACAUGGAUUGGAUCACAGUGCAAAAAUGAAUCAUUUCUCAUUUCCGUGGACCAGCCUUUUCUCAGCCUGUUUAUACGCAGGCAGAGAAAAGCCUAAUGUUGCUUGAUUACAGUAUUAACUGUUUUGUGAAACAAAUCAUCUGAUGAAUAUAAACAAGAAGAUUGCCCUUCACUGAUAUCUAUUGAGUGCUGUGAAAAUGCCCAGUUGCAUAGUGAAAGGUUGUCGCCACAAAAGUGGACAGAAGAUCCUGUAUCCAGAUGUUGUUCUUCAUUCUUUUCCAAAUAAUAUACAUAUGAUAAAGAACUGGAUGUUACAAACUGGUCAGGACUUUGGGGAUAUUGAUGCCUUUGCAGAGAAAAUUCUGAAAGGAAAUAAAACCGCCAGCUUCCGUAUGUGCUCACGUCACUUUACAAGAGAUAGCUAUAUGGCUAAGGGCUCCAAAAUCACCUUAAAACCAAAUGCUGUUCCAACAAUUUUUGAUACAUUACCACCGGCUGCUUCUGUUCCUAGUCUGAUAUCAUUGCCAACAGCUAAGAGAAUGAGAGUAGAAGAUGAAGCACCAUCUACCUCUGCCACUAUUGUACGUAUAGUUUCUAAACUUGUCACAGUACAAACACAAACUGAUGACAGAAUUCUCAAAAAUGACCCCUGGGUCAAUAGAUACAACUGCCCAGUGACUGUCAGCGUUGCUACGCAGACCGAUGCUCCAGCAGAGACCGACGAUAUGAAAACUGAAACUAGCAGCAGAUCUCAAGAGGUAAAGAUUUGGCAUGCUGAUAAAGACUAUUUGUAUCCAGUAUAUGAUGCACCGAUAAAAACAAGCAUGAAAACAUCAGUUAAACAAACCACCAAAGAGCCAACAAAACAGGAGGAAGCAGGCGAUGCUCUUGACCCAAGGGGUGCAUCAUUUGGUCUUUGUCCAGGUAGGCCAUUUCAGGAGUCAGGUAGUUUAAAUACAAACACAGAACAAGGACACUUGGUAAAACAGAAAAAAUAUCUUGUGUUUGAAGACUCAUUGAACAGUCUGCUUACUCUGGUUCGUUGCCAACAUUCACAGUCGCCACCUUGUGAAGCACCAGUUAGUCACAUUGAAAAAAAAGUAGAUGGAAGCUUGCUAACUGUGCAUUUAACUUGCUUAAAGGGUCACAAAUCACUAGUAUGGAAUGCCCAACCAGUGUUUGGAAAUGUAUCCAUCGGCAAUGUUUUAAUGGCCUCUGCAAUUUUUCAAAGUGGUUCUGCAUUAGACAAAGCUCUACAAACCUUAAAUGUUUUUGGAAUACCAGCAAUCUCGUCCAAGACAUAUCACGAAUAUCAAAAGGCUUAUGUUUUUCCAGCAGUGGACUCUCAGUGGAGGCUUGAAGAGGGCAGAAUAAAAAAGACAUUUGCAGGAAAAUCAGUUGCACUGGCAGCAGGUAGGCAGGUCAUCAAUCUUGGGCAUUCCAGUAAGUACUGUAUGUAUUCCAUGAUGGAUGUGAUUUCUGAAAAAAUUGUCUCUUUCAAAAUUAAACACUUUGGUCCAGAAGACACAUUAUGGGAAACUGAAAAACAAACAUUCCAAGACUGCCUUGAUCAACUAAUUAAUGAGAAACUGGAUAUCAGAAUAAUUGCCACCAAUCAGCAUGUUGGAAUCAGGAAACUUAUGGAGAUAAAAUAUCCACAUAUCGAACACCAGCUGGAUAUUUGGCAGCUUUGCAAAUGUCUUGGUCGAAAACUAGAGGAGGCUAGCAAGAAAAAGAAUUGCAGUAUCAUAGCCGAUUGGAUUCCUGCCAUCACAAACCAUCUCUGGUGGUCUUCCCAAACCUGCAAUCAAAACGUCGAUGUUUUCAUGGAGAGAUGGAAGUCGGCUCUCUUUCAUAUUGCAAACGUACAUAGUUUUCCGUCGCUAAAAUUUUACAAAAAAUGUCAGCAUGCAAGGAUUUCAGAGACGGAGCAACAGGAAACAAACUGGAUUCCUUUUAACCAUCCAGCUCACGAAGCCCUGGUCGAAAUAAUCAGUGAUCCCAUUCUCCUGGAUGACAUUGCCAAGGCAGAAAAAUUCUGCCACACCAGAUAUUUGGAGGCAUUUUACAGCAAAAUUGAGAAAUACCAGUCAGGACAUUUAUCAUCCGUUACUGAUGAUUUACAUGUGCGCACUGCUCUGGCUGCUUUGUCUUAUAAUCGGGAUCUGGACAGAGGUCAGCCCUCAGUGGGGCCAUUGAAAUCACCAUUGGACGCAGAAAACCCCCACAAAAUUGUUUUCCCCGAGGAAAGAAGAGAUCUGGUUCUCGAUACCAUACAGGAAGACGCUGCGGAAAGUCACUUUUUAGAUAUGUCGUCACAAAUUGUGAAAAUCUUGCUUGGUGAACUGGAACAUAAAGGGAGUUAAAUUCUGACUUCAGAAUGUUUUUUCAAGAUGGAAACCAGACUGGAAAAAAAUGUUCCAUUGUUGUUUGACAGUUUCAUUUUUUUAAAAAAAGUUGUAUUUAGAUUUGUUUUGUAAUUGUUUUAUUAUGUUGUACACAACAGCGCACACCAACACUGAAUAUGUGCCAUGAUGACUACAACAAAACAAUCAAAUAAAAAUUCCAUUGCAAAUUAUUUGCAAAUACUUU